GCUGGUUCUCAACCGUUGACUUCUUCAAACGUCUGCCCACAGUCUUUUUCUAUUGAAUUCGACCUCGGAAAGUCUCAGGUAGGAAGAUGGAACCCUCAAGGACAUAAUUAUACCUUGCUAAUUCGGCAAUUGAGAGGCAGGAUCCAGCGAGACGGAAAAAAAUAAAAUCCCUACCCCGCCAUCCAGGAACAGACGCCCGAUAUCGACCAUCCACGCCUCAUCUGCCAUUCCUUCAGGACAACGCGACUCCGUCAAAAAUGGCAGACCCCGUCCGGCUCACCGUCCUCAUCUCCGGCAGUGGAACCAACCUUCAGGCUGUCAUUGACAAAACCAGCCAGGGUCAACUCUCCACCCAGAUUGUCCGAGUCAUCUCCAACCGCAAGGAUGCUUUUGGCCUUGAGCGGGCUCGCAAGGCCAACAUCCCCACACGAUACCAUAACCUCGUGAAAUACAAGAAGCAACACCCUGCAACACCGGAGGGGAUUCUGGCGGCGCGCGAGGAGUACGACGCUGAAUUGGCCCGGCUGGUGCUCGCCGACAAGCCAGAGAUGGUCGCUUGCCUGGGAUUCAUGCAUGUGCUGUCACCGCGGUUCCUGGAGCCAUUAGAAGAGGCCAAGAUCAAGAUCAUCAACCUGCACCCCGCUCUGCCGGGUGCCUUCAAUGGCGCGGUAAGUUCUCAUUCUCUUCUGUUGAGCUUUUCUUUUAGGGUGUAUGCGGUUGGCUUGUGUGGCUGCGAGCCGGGGGCUUAGACAUGAAUAUAUCUGACUCCCAUCGAACAGAAUGCUAUCGAACGUGCCCAUGCGGCUUGGCUGGAAGGGAAGAUCGAUAAGACGGGUGUCAUGAUGCACAAGGUGAUCUCGGAGGUUGACAUGGGCACACCCAUUCUUGUGCGCGAGAUUCCGUUCAUCAAGGGUGAGGAUGAGGAUCUCCACAAGUUCGAGCAGAAGGUGCAUACGAUUGAAUGGGGAGUGGUGAUUGAGGGGGUACAGCUAACGAUCCAGGAGAUCCAGGAUGAGAGGCAGCGGAGGUGAUUUUCUUUGGAUCUCGAUAAUUUACGUUA